AUUCAGAUGAUAGGCGUCUGGAACUCCAUUUAUUUCCGUCGAUUUGAAGGAGAGAGCACCAGAGUUACCACGGAAGACUCGGAAAAUGAGGAAAUGACUAUGGAGAUGCUCCUCGAACACGCUUUACUCUACAUCGCCGUACCAGUCAUCAGUUUUAGCCUUCUCGUGUAUAUAUUUUAUAUUUUAAAACGAAGACAUCGAAGCUCAAUGAACGUUGGCUAUCCAUUCCCACCACAACAAUUGGGACCUAUUCCAACAGCUCCAGUGAAUGAGGAAGCCCCUCCAUAUGGUGAGGCUGUGACAUGUCGAACAGAUAACAUUUUCGCUAUCACAGAACCGGAUCUCUCCCGAUACUACAACAUGCACUAUCUUGACGAGUGCUACCCGCCAAACUUCAUCGUUCCACCUACCGAGCCACCACCGCCGUACCCGGGACUAGAAAAGGGACCUCCACCAUUGGACCCCAUUGUGUACCACCGUGAUGACAUUUACCAUCGUGAAGAUAUUUGCUAGAAGAAUAUGUAUCACACACACACACACACUAAUCACGUCAUAAUUUUUUUAAUGUCUGUAUAUAUUUGAACCCUCAAUAUUCCAAACCAAACAACGCCCAAAAUUUAGUCGGGUAAUUUGUAUGUAGCCAACGGGUUUUUAGAUUUAUUUUCUAUUCUGUUUAGUGGUUAUGAAUUGAUUUUGAAUAAUGAAAAUUAACAAAUUUCU